AUGUUGAGACAUAUCGCACGCCGUUGUUUCUCCCGUGAAAGCACUGCUUAUGACAAGACUAUUAGCAAUUUGCUGAUGCCUGAUACUACCAAGGUCAUCUUCCAAGGUUUUACAGGUAAGCAAGCUACUUUUCACGCGAAGAUCUCCCAAGAAUACGGCACUAAUGUUGUUGGAGGUACAAACCCUAAGAAAGCUGGCCAAAUGCAUUUGGGACAGCCGGUUUUUGCCUCUGUUAGGGAAGCUAUGAAGGAGACCGGUGCUACUGCUACCGGUAUUUUUGUUCCACCAAGCAUUGCUGCUCCUGCUAUCAAGGAAGCCAUUGAGGCCGAAAUCCCAUUGGCUGUGUGUAUUACUGAGGGCAUUCCCCAACACGACAUGCUAUAUAUUGCCGAGAUGUUGAAGUCGCAAGAUAAGACCCGUUUGGUCGGUCCUAACUGCCCUGGUAUUAUUAACCCAGCUUCGAAGGUUAGAAUUGGUAUUCAGCCUACAAAAAUUUUCACGCCGGGUAAAAUCGGUAUCGUCUCUAAGUCAGGUACUUUGACUUACGAGGCUGUUCAACAAACAUCUUUGACUGGUCUUGGCCAGUCCUUGGUCAUUGGUAUCGGUGGUGACGCGUUCCCAGGUACGGAUUUCAUUGAUGCAUUGAAGUUGUUCAUGGCCGAUGAAGCUACCGAAGGUAUAAUUUUGUUGGGUGAAAUUGGUGGUAAGGCUGAGAUCGAGGCUGCCGAAUUCUUGAAGGAAUACAAUCUAAAGAGGGAGAGACCAAUGCCAGUUGCUUCCUUUAUCGCUGGUACUGUUGCUGGUCAAAUGAAGGGUGUUAGAAUGGGUCACUCAGGUGCUAUUGUUGAGGGAUCUGGCACUGAUGCAGAAUCCAAGAAGAGCGCUUUAAGAGCUGCCGGUGUAGCUGUUGUUGAGUCUCCAGGGCGCUUGGGCCAAGCCUUAUUGGACCAAUUUCGAAACUAA